AUGGCCUCGGAGGAAGACGCUGCUCUGCUGGUCCUCAUCUACCAGCACCUGAAGGUGAACGGGUACCUGAAAGCCGCCAAGGUCCUGGAGAAACACGUCUCUCAGGUGGAGAUGCCAGAGGAAAGCUCCAACCUACAUGAUAUCUACACAGGAUGGAUGAAGUUGUGUUCUUUGGCUCAUCAUGCCAAGCAGGAGACGGACGACUCCAGCAGCUUGAAGAAGGAAAGCAUCAAACCAGAACCAGCCACCAGCGAAGAAGAGGAGGCUGCAGACACCGAGAUGUCCACCAGGACGGGAGAGGACGAUAAGGAGGAGGCCAAACCUCCUCUUGAACCAAAGGCAGAUGUUGUCGAGUCCUUGAACUCAAAGACGGAGUCUGAGGUCGUCUCUGAGCCGGACGCUGCCAACAAAGAGAAGACGACAAACUCGGACGGCGAGAGCUCCACCUCCUCCGACAUCCUUCGGCUCCUGCUGAAGUGUCCACCGAGACUCCAAACGAAGCAGAGACCUCCAGCUCGGCCCCUCCUGACCCCCCUCCGGUCGAUCCCAGACCACCGGCCUCUGACGGGGCUGACGAAGAAGAACCUCCGGCCCCUGAUCCAGACGACGGCCUCAGACGGGGAGCGAGAGCUGAGGCAGGAGCCACAGGUCGACAUGAGCGUCUCAGAAGAAGCGGCUACGUCGGAUCAAACAGCUUUUCCCACUGAGUCCUCAGCAGAGGAAGGAGGCGCGGCGGCAGAGGAGCCCGGUCAGGACGAGGACGAGUCGUCCGCCCCAGACCUGGAAGACGAGGAGACCAAUGAGAAGCUGGAGGAGAGUGAAGCCCCGCCCCCUGCAGAUCCCGACUGUGAAUCUGAAAAUCCAAAAGAGGAUGAUGAUGAUGAGGAAGUGGAGAGGACGAAGGAAAGCGACUCGACACCUGAAGUGAAGCCUGACGACCAAAAUGAAGAAGCUGAGCUUCAGUCAGAGGAUCCAGAAGUUUCCAUCAUCCUCAACAUCCGAGACACAGACGGCGAAGCAGCUGAGCAGGAAACCGUAGCGCUGCUCUCAGAGGACGCGGCCGAGUCCUGCAAAAGUCCCAAGAAAAAGAAAAAGAAGAACAAAAAGGACGCGGAGACGCUCGCUGCAGACACAUCGAUCACAGAGACGCCGAGCACUGACGCGUCCACCGUAGAUACGCUGAGUGACACUCCUCUUAGCAACAAGUCAGCCAGAAAGAAAAGGAAAGACAGAAAGAGACACGAGGAGGUGAAAGAGGAGGAGGACGAUCAGAGGAAAGAGGAGGAGGAGGAGGAGGAGGAGGACGGGGUGUCUCAAGAAGAUCCACCAGAGAAGAAGAGGAAGGCUAAGAAGAGGAGAAAGGAGCGAGAGGAGGUGGAAGAGAAGGAGGAGGAAACUCCAGUCAGUCCUACAGAAAACAAAAUUAAAAAGAAGAAGAAGAAGCUUAAAGAUGUGGAAGAAGAGCAGAGCGAGGCAGGAGGAGAAGGAGGAGAAGUGGUGGAGGAGCAGGAGGAGGAGAAUCCAGCAGAGAUAACAGAGGAGAAAAAGAAGAAGAAGAGAAAGAGGAAGCGGGAAGAACAGGAAGAAGAGGAGCCGCAGUCUGAAAAAGGACCAGCAGAGGGCGACGGAUUCACAGAAGAGCCGACGGAGACCGUGGGUCAGGAAGAGAACGACAACUCUUCUCCGACGUCCUCGGCCAAAAAGAAAAACCGACUCAGAAAGAAGCUGAGCCUGAAGAAGAGACUGAUGAUGAGGAAGAUGAAGGUCGGCCCUGCAGGACAGAACCUCACAAAGAGAAAGAAACACAAACAAAUCCCAGAGGAGACGCCUCAGUCGAAGCCGAGCAAAAGAGCCCACGCUGACCAGGACCAGGAGGACCAAACACCAAAGAAGAAGAAGAAGAAAAGGACAAAAACCAACACUGAGCACGAGGAGAACUCGUCAAAGGAAAACCAGCCUCCCAGGACAAAGAAGCUGAAGGCUGAGGAUCAAAGCGCCAACGAGCCGAGCGCUGAGCUGCCGCCCGACGCCGACUCGUCUACGCUCUCAAAGGAGAAGAAGAAGAAAAAGAAAACGAAGACGUCGACGGGCGAAGAGAGAACGGAGAAUUCAGCUCCUGUCGCUGAGAGUCAGGACCAACCUGCCAAGAAAAAGAAGAAGAACCGAUUAAAGGAGAAACUGGAGGAGACGGAGCCGGAUGCAGAUGUUCUCCCUCCUCCAGCUGUUUCCAUGAAAAAGAAGAAAUCCUCCAAAAAGAAGAAGAAUUGAUUAAAUCCUGUGUUUCCUCUGGUCGGAUGGAAGAGGAGGAUUAUCGCACCUGAAAAAGUUAUCAGACGUAACAAACAGAUUUGAGGGAUUAUCUCACAUUAGAUUUAGUUUCUUCUUCUUUUCUCUGACACUGUGAAUACAACAACAAAAAAAAAAACCUGCUACUGCUGUGGUUUGUUUACAAGUUUAAACCUCGUCAGUAGAUUAAGCUUCAACAUUUAUAACUGGAAGCUCGGCUCAUUAAAGCUCCAUUAAACUGAUUGUUUCUUUAACUGGAUGUUGUUUGGAGCUGAUUAAAAUACAAAAACAGCAAUUUUCUAAGUUCAUUUUGCAAACAAGCCAAAAAAAAAAAACAAAACAUGUGAGUGAAGGUGGAACCUGAUGAUUAAUAGGUGUCAAUACGCGCACAUGAUUAUUUCUACCACACAGCGGCUCAGUCCUGCUGUAAACUGCCUUAAAAGUGAUCAAACCUAUGAUUAUAUAUAUAUAUAAUCUCAACAGUGAAUGGCUGCGUUUACAUGGACACUAAUGAUCAAUAUUAAAAUAUAACCUCAUAAUUUCUCUCUGGUUGAAGUUGAUCUAUUAUUCUAAACAUUUCUAAAGUUUCCAGGAGGAACAGUGACGACAUAGAGGAAGAAAAACAACCAGUGUUUGAAAAGAGGAAUGAAAUGGAUGUGAAAUCUCGUCCGUGUAAACGCAGCCGAUGUCGCGUGACUGUUAUUAGGGCUGUGAACCAAACCUCAGCUGGUUUAACUUCUGUUUAGCUUUAAAAGAACAAACUGUGAUAGUUUAGUGUUUGUCAUUAAUGUCUUUAGCUGACAAACCUUUCUCUCUUUCUUUUUUUUUUUUCCUCCUGGUUUAAAGGUAGAAAAUAUAGUUUUAUUUUUAGUUUAGUUUUGGGGACGUGCUUCAUGUCAAACUCUUCUUCUUCUUCUUUGGUAAAGCUGUGAGGUUCUAGUUUGUUUUGAACCAUUAACUGUGAACCUGAUCACAUUGUUACUUAAAUUCUGUUUCUAGUGACCAGCACAUUUACACGUUUGUUUUUGUUUUUUGUUAUUUUCUUAUUGUUACUGUUGUGCUGCGUUCAUGUUCACUAUUAAAGUUUGUGGAAAACUCUGAA